GGGAUAAACGCAAGAUGGCCGCCAAUUUAUGUGAACGCAAGGACAAGUUGAAAAGUGAUAUCCGUUACUUGUAGUGAUAUUUCGUUCAUAUUUGUGAUAAUAACUUUAUAAAUAUUACCCCAUACCCGGGUAUGUGCUUUACUAAUGUUUUCGUGCAAUUUGUUAUGAGUUAUCGAUGGUUAUAAAAUCUUAUGUGCAAUACUUCGUUGGAUGGAAUAAAAAAUGUUCUGUGUUGAGUAGUGAAUAUUUAUGCAGUGAUAGUCGUAUCUGGAUCGCAGUUAUGCUUGUUGGAUGAUACUGGUGAAUACCGUGUGGCGGGAUGGAGAAGGCAAAGGCGUACAUAAAGAGCUCGCUAAACGCGUCGCGGCCGGCGUCGCCGCGCGACAAGCCCGCGCCGGCCGCGGGAGACGCGCGCGUGUGUUUUGUCUGCGGCGGCGCAGGUUACGGCGACCAAUUCACUGUACGGCACAAGCCUGACUCUCAGAGCUCCGAGCCUUACUUCCCAUUCCUGGGCGCGCACGCCCCCCCAGCGGGCUACCGGUCAGAGGGCGACGAGGACGGCUGCGUGCGCUGCUGCUGCGUCUGCUACACCUUUCUGCAGCAGUGGAACACCUAUCAGAUGCGCGGCGUUCCCGCGAACGAGCGCGUCUACAACCUCCGCACACGGCCGCCUUCACUCCUACCACCUUCCCCCCUCUCCUUAGCCUCCUCCGGUGACAAAUCUUCAUCUUCCGCCCAACACCACUCUCCUUCCUUAGAACGACCUUCUUCACAUCCCGCACCGCCCACAGCAAGCUUUGUGUGUUACGUGUGUGGUGUCAGCGCAGCGUCAAGUCAGCUCCGAUUGGUCUACUGCUGCGCCAAUCCGGAGAGAGAACCGUAUUAUCCUUUUAUAACUACAUUGAAACCACAUCCAGACGCCAGUCCUAUAAGUCCACAAGGCAUGGUGCAAAUCUGUGCGACGUGCUACAAGAACAUCCCCCUGAAGUAUCCCGCGUACGGCGACAACGGAGAACCCGCCGCCGCGCACCUCAAUAACUCUCAUACCAAUAACAUUAGAUUUAAACCGUAUGACAUAAAACCUAGUUCGAACCAAACGAACAAGAGAACGUCGAACGCGCUCUCGACUAGUCCACAAAAUCAAAUAGUCGCUGGUGAAAAUGGUAUUGGGGUAUAUAGGUGCUACGUGUGCGCCGGGCUGUUCCCGCAGCAGUCCAUGGAGUGGCUGUCGACGGCGGCCGAGUACAUGAACUCGCACGCCAUGCACUUCCCGUGCCUGGCCGGCGCCAAGGGCGGGCGCGUGCUGGCGUGCUCGCGCUGCGUGCGCCACCUGGCGCGCCAGUGGGAGCUCAUGGACGCCGAGCGCGUGCCGCUCGAGCACCGCAGGUACAACAUACCGUCACCGUCUCCGUUGAACGGCGAGCGCGUGAUCCCCACGCCGCCCUCCACCACCUCCGACCGCACCGUGGCCAGCAACAGCGCCUGUACCUCAAUCUAUUGCUUCCUGUGUGGCCUGCACUCCGACUUCACGUUGGCGCGGAUAUUGUACGGUCAACCGCAAGGCAACGCGCCAUACUUCCCUUGUCUACUCACGCACCAGAGUCAUCCAAACGCGGAGCAGCUGCGGGAAAAUGGUUCGGCCUUGGUCUGCACCUUCUGUUACCAUUCGCUGCUUAGUCAGUGGAGAAGGUACGAGGCGCUGGGCGCGUACCCGCCCGAGCGGCGCGCCUACAACACGCACGACUACCACUGCCACCUGUGCGGCAUCAAGACCUACCGCAAGCGCGUGCGCGCGCUGCCCAUCAAGGAGUUCCCCUUCCUGGUGCAACGACGGACUGAAAACUCGUUACUAUUAGAAAACGGCGACUACGCCGUGAUAUGUCUAGACUGUUACGAAAGCCUGAGGACGCAGGCGCAGGACUACGAGAAGCGCGGCGUGCCGGUGGACAAGCGCGAGUACAACUGGCUGCAGCAGCCGCCGCCGCCCGAGGACUCGGCCGACGUCACCAUCGCGCGGCUGCCGUCGGGGGACCGCUCCGACAAGCUGAUCCCGCAGUCGCUGGUGGUGUCGCGCGGCUCGUCCAAGCGCAACAGCCCCAAGGCGCUGGCGCUGGAGCGCCGGCCCGCCGCCAAGCCCGACAAGCCCGACGCAGGUGCGAGCGUGAACAAGCUAGCGAAACGCGAGUUGGCGCCCAACAAGGGUGGCCCAUUCGCCGCAGCCCUCCGUUCGCUCGCCAAGAACGCCGGCCCCGACACUAAGGAUGGUACGGGUAGCGCGGAGAGCAAAGACAAACCGGCGCCAGCGCCGGCGCAUGCGUCGCUGCCUGCGCACGCGCCGCCUGCGCCGCCCAAGCGGGCGUCCCCGCACCAUCUGCCCACUAGUGGGUUCCAGCCUUAUAGACCUGACGACAGAUUGUCGCAUCCCGCGGCCGCGGCGGCUUCGUUCUCUCUGCUCGAGCCCACCACAUAUGCGCCGUACCCGCACCCCAGCCUCUACUCCAGCGCUGCCUUGCAGUACCGGAUAGCGGCUGAAGAACAAAUGUACCUGGAACGCAUGUUCCGCAGCGGUGUGGGUGUGAGCUGGCUGCCCCCCUACGCGUUGUAUCCCCAACUCGCUCCCCAACUGCCUUUAGUGCACCCCCAUGGCCCCCACACCGGUCAUCCCGGACAUCCUUCCUUGCAUGAGGAUCGAGAGAAAGAAAUCGCGUUGCAGAGGGAGAGGGAACGGGAAAGGGAACGAGAGCGGGAACGCGAGAGAGAGAGGGAAAGGGAAAGGGAGCGAGAGCGCGAGCAACGCGAAAAGGAACAAAGAGAGCGAGAAAGACUCCACAGAGAGAAAGAGACCCGCGCGAGAGAGGCCCUCCGCGACGAGCAGAGAGCCCUCGCCGCGCUGCAGGCCGCGCACCCGCUGCCGCCGCACCUGCUCCCGCCGUCCGUGUACGGGCUGCCCCGCGCCCCGCUCCUGCCCCCCCCGCCUCUCCUGUACCGGCCGUACCGGCCCUACCCGGCUCCCCCCACGGCCCCGUACGAACCGUCGCCCCCUCCCCCUCGAGCGCACCUCCCCCCUCACCACCCCGCGCACCACACUCCUCCCCCCGUCUCCUCCGCGGACGUGCCUACAGCUUUAGUAACUACCCCAAAGGCACCGACUCCUACGCCAGAAGUACGAACCGUACCGGAAGCUCCACCGAGGGAGGAACCACCACCUCAAGAGGAAAACCAGCCUAAAGAAGAUAAAGCAAAACCCAGCCAACCUACCACGACGCCAACGGAACAAGACAAACAGCUCGCAACACAAGAACUCUCGCAAAAGCCUACAGAACCAUACAAAGCUACAGACGAUCCAAAACCAUUCAUUGAUAAACCCACUUUUCUACCUUCAAAGCCUGUCCCUCAUUCCCCAAAAAUUUCCCCAUCAUCUAUCCCGAAUCCUAGUCCUAGUGUAUCUACCCAUAAACCCAUGGAUCCAGGGUAUCCUAACUAUGGAGGGUAUUUAUAUUCAAUACCAGGCUAUUCCGCAUUCCAACCUAUAUCCUAUCCAGGAAUACUUCAACCGACACCAACCCCAAUGCAGACUGAUGCACCAACUGACUUCAUACCAUUUCCAUCGUUAAAAGAAAGUACAGAAAAUAAAACUGUUGAAGUCAAAGCUCCUGAAAAGACUACGAAAAUUGAUGCUCCAAAACCACAAACAGAUUUCGAAGAACAAUUUACUCCGGAAAUUAUACCAGCUGUGUCAGUACCAGAUGUUGAUAAGGCUCAAAUGAAUGAGUCCAAAAUGUGUAUAACUUCUCUAGCCCAAGGUUCAGGAGCUACAGUUACAAUACCAUCGCAAACAAAAAACCAAGACCUUAAAAAGAAACUACCUGAACGAUUCAGUUUAAAAACUAGCAUUCCUAUCAGCAAGAUUGAUAUGAAAUGCGUAAAUAAUCCAGAUCCAAUAUUUCAAAAUGCGGCGACUAAAACCAAAAAACCAGCUACUUUUAACCCAGCAUUUCAAAGUACAAAAUCAGACACAGGUCCUAAAGUAGAAAUACAAAGUAAUAUCGUUAUUAAAACUGCAAAAGAACCUGAAGUAGCGCCUGCAACCGAAACGAAGUCUGCACAAAACAAUAUAAAUACGUUAUUAAAUGCAGCUGAAGCUAUAAGUAAAAGUGAAAGUCAAUUUCGAAAACCAGAACCAAAAACAGAUGUGAUAAAUGAAGUUAAAGAUCCGCCUGCAUCAAAUCAAAAUUUCACACCACCUGCAGCCACAGCAAGACCUCUUUUUAAUCCAAUAAACUUAGAUACAAAGGUAAAUUUUCCGAAUAAAACUGAAGGGAACUUCGAACAAAAGAACCAAAUUCUGUUUAUACAAAAUAAAAAUAACCCUAAUCCAAAGAUGUUGCUAACGAUACAACAGCAAAACCCGCAAGUGUUAUUGCAAAGAACGAAUUUCGAUUCAAAAAACCUGCAAGCUCCUUCACGAUUGUCAAGUCAAAACAAGAAAUGUAAGGAUGAGCUCGUCGAAAAUGGGACAUCAUCUAAAGUAGUAGCUUUGAAGAGGCUACAUCAAGAAAACUGCGACGAGAAUGACUUCGAAAAUUUGAUUACAGAGAAUCAAAUUUAUGGCAACAAGAUAGUCGUGAAGGAGAAAUCGCAAGGCACACAGCAAGAGCAAGAUCUUAAAAAUAAGAAACUUGUUGAAAAACCAACACCAGCUGAUGCAAAGAACGUUGUGUUGCAACCAAAUUUUUUAUACUUGAGCAAUGUGCAAUUUCCUGCAAAUUUAAUGAUGAUUAAGAACAAUACAAAAGUCAGUCAAACAGACACAAAUAGUACUAAAGCCAAUAAAGUAUCUCCUAAUGAAAAUAAGGCUACUAAUGAAGUUAGUACUAUGACAAACACAAAUGAUGUUAAGAGUCCUAAAACACAGAAUGUAACAGCUAGUAAAGAUAUCCACGUUCUCAAAUCAAGCAACAACGUCUUGCAAACUCUAUCUAACAAAAGUAGUAAGUCAGAUUUAGUUUUCCAAGCACCUCAUCAAAAAGUGAUAAUGAAUUCCCAAAUACUAUACCAAGUACCUAUGAUAGUUGACAAGGAUAAUAAACUUACUCAACCAUUUAUCAACAACGAGUACUCGAAAAUUAUCAGUCAAAAUAAAAAAGACACAAAAAGUGAUCAAAAAGCAAACGACAAAGUUUUCAUAGCAUGUCCUUACCAGGUAGAUACAAAAUUGCAACCAAAAAUAGUUAUAACCAACAUAAGGCCGAAGAUAUCGAAAGUUGAAGAAGUAAGUUCUCUGGACGUUUAUGAAAAACGUAAACGAAUAAGACGAUUAAAGUAUUUAUCGCAUCGGGAAAUUAAAGAGCAGAAAAAUGAAACUAACGUAAAUAAUACGAAGAAAGUACAAGACAAAGUUGAUAAUUUGAGAAAUAUAAUAACACCUGACAAAAUGAAAGCUGAAAUUUGCAAAGAGUUUUCUAAAACCAAAGCUAUUAUUGAUGAAGGAAGUAGUGACAGUGAAAGUGACUAUGGCGAAGAUGAACUAGUGGAAUAUAAUUCUAUUAUCGAAGAAUAUGGUACUCAAAAAGAAAGAUGUGAUAGGGAUAAAAUUGAAUUUCUUGCUCAUUUUCGAUUGGCAACACACGAUGCUUACCAAGAAAAAGAGUUAGAUCGUCAAGAGCGGGCCAUAAGUCGAGAUUCAGUGGCCUCAGCUUACAUCACAGCUGGACGGCUAGAUAUCCUCAUGAAGGACCCAAAAGUCCGGGAGAAGGCCAAGACCAGGUCUCCAAGUCCGUUGAAGAUGGACCAAUUUGAGUUGGAACCUGAUGGAGUAGCGUUACAGAAGAAACAAGUGUACCUGUCCAACUUGGGGCUGAUACAAGUGACUCCACAAUAUAGGAAAAAUUACGAGAACACCUGGCAAGAAGUUCUACAAGAGAGGAAACGAAGAAACCGCAAACAAUCAGAUCACAUUCUGAAGCAACCCAGACUCAAAAGUCAUAACCUCGGAUUAGAUUCUAACAACCAGUUACAAAUAUUGACAGAAAUCAAGAAAUCCGUUAACGAAAAUAACAAUCUUAUAAAGAAAAGGCUUGAUUCUUCAGAGAAUGAGAAUUUAGAAGGUGAUAGCAUCCACACGUUAGCAGAGAAAAACAUAUCUGAGCUCAAUCGCCUUUCCAAAAUGGCUGAUCGUAGCGUGAAGAUGAUCACAAGACAGGAUACAAGAAAACGGGAUUUGAAUCCUGGAUUCGACAGUGAAAAUAUCCAAAAACCUGUGCCAAAAAUUGAAAAACCUUUUCAGAACUAUCCUCAGAUAAAUAUUCCAAAUAUUUCGAAGAUAAUUUCGCUGAAGACCCAAGACCAGACGAUGUCACAAUCAGUGACGUCACAAGCUACGUCCAUGGAUGAACCGCAAAACUCUGCAGCUGGACAAGAAAUAUUUGUUUCCACAGAGAAAACCAAAGAUUUCGGAUGUCAAGUUGAUGAGCCGAUGCCAUGGUCAAAUAUGGAGAUUAUUUUCAGAAACUACAGGGAAUAUGAAACAGCACGUAAAAAAGAGAUCAACGACCUCCACCGCCGCAACACUGCACUACGUGUGGAAGGCGCGCACAUUACACGCGCUGCAUCGCGUGACUCUGACUGCGCGCGCGCACUUCUCGCCGAACGGCAGAAGCUCGGCAGUGAAGAGGCUAACGUGCGGAAAUCACUAGAGUGGCUUCGUGAAGCUAUCGAUGUCGUACGGAAUUACAGAUAUGAUAAAUCACUUAACGGUUUGGUGCAUAUUUAAUGGUAGUUUCCACACAAAUAGCGUUUUAAGCUACUAACCUCCAUAAUUCCGCUCUGAGCAUCUCUAUUGCCAUGUAUGCCAAUGUAUAAUUGUAAUCCACACAAGCGAUUUGUUUAACUAUCAUAGAUACGCGUGUGGAGGG